AUGGAACCCCAUGGUCGGAAACCGAAAGCUACCGUCGGUGGCUUGAACCACAGUUCAGUCGCCCGCGACGACUAUAACGCGUAUCUCGACGCUGUUAAACGAGCCUUCAGCGACCAGCCUGCGAUCUAUGAUGAGUUUCUGUCGACUCUGAGGCAGUGGAAUCAAAAUGAAUUUUCAACCGACAUACUUUUGAAACGAAUCCGCGAGAUGCUAAAAGGACAUAGCGAUCUUAUCCAACGAUUCAAUGUCUUCCUUCCAGAAGGUGUCACUAUGGAUGCCAGCACUUCCACACGAAACGAUGCAAGAGCGUCAACAAUACAGAAGCUCGAUACCAUGUACCGCACCAUCAGACUCACAGAGAAAGUCCUGAGCCGUUGUGGGCAGAAUGUUUACGACGAUAUGUUCUCCAUUCUGUCUGCCCACUAUCAUCGUGAAGUAGACCAGGAAACCACGACGAGGAAGCUCACUUCCUUGUUAACCAAUCAAGCAGACCUUCUUGAUAGUCUUCUCUACAUCAUAGGGAGCGAUGGAGACCCCAUGUUGGCGUAG